AUGGGUGACGGGCUUGAUCAGUCCAGGUGGUCUGCAGCAUGGACCGCAAAGCAGACGCCAUGGGACUCAGGUGGUAUCCCACAGCCUAGUCUUGUCAGCUUCAUGGAGGACGUCGAAGAGGGCAAGGCUCUCAGACAGGACAGCCAGCGGAAGAGGGUUCUCAUCCCUGGCUGUGGGACCGGAUACGAUGUCGAAUACUUUGCUCGCUUGGGAUUCAAAGAGGCUAGAGGAGCCGAUAUAGCUCCUGAGGCGACGCAAGCUGCCCAGGCCUGGGUGGAUUCACUAUCUCCACGCCCCGAGCGCUAUGAUCGGAUACACCUUGAGAGUAUGGAUUAUCUGGCCUUGGCCGAUGCGAGGAUAGAAGCCGAGUCGCAGUACGACCUCAUCUAUGACUACACAUUCUUUUGUGCUCUACCGCCUUCCCUGAGAGCAAAGUGGGCUAAGGCUCAUGCCAAUAAUUUGAAGGCCGGCGAGGGGAUGCUGAUCACUUUAUGCUUCCCAAUGCAAGGUGAUCGUCCAGGUGGACCACCAUACUCGGUGUCUCCGGAGCUCUACAGAGAGCACCUCCUGCCACACUUUGAUUUGCAGUACCAAGGCGUACCGCCCGGACAACCAGAGAGUCGCAAAGGCAUCGAGGCUGUCAUGUUAUGGAAGCGGAAGGUAUGA